ACACAAUUUUAUCAACAAGGGUGGAUUUCAUUAAAAAUCGAUUGUAAAUUUCUUUUUUGAUAAAAUUUGGAUUAGAACAAAAUAAUUAUAUCCAUUUAAUUUUAUUUAUUCAGUGCGAUUAAACUUUAAUUGGGAACUAUCCUGUAUUCAAGACUUAUUAGAAAACUUCUUCUGGACUCUGAAGAAGACGAAGGUUAACGAAUGUGUCACUGUUUUGCGAUAGUGAGUCAGUGAUAGGAUAUCUUGUGAAAUAUUUCGUUAAAAACAAAGUAAAAUCAAUAUAUUAGGAAUUAUUUUGGUGUAGAUUGGUGUACUCUCAAGCAGGAACAAUGAGUCUGUUACAAAAGUUGUUUGGAAGUGGGAAAAAGGACCAAGCUCCUACCCCUCAAGAAGGAAUUCAAAGAUUGAGGGACAUUGAGGAGAUGUUGACAAAAAAAUCAGACUUUUUAGAAAAGAAAGUAGAUCAGGAAUUGGCUACUGCUAAAAAACAUGGUACUAAGAACAAACGAGUAGCUCUUCAGGCUUUAAAGAGGAAGAAACGGUAUGAGAAACAGCUUCAAAACAUCGAUGGUACACUGUCAACUAUAGAAUAUCAAAGAGAAGCUUUAGAAAACGCUAGUACAAACACAGAAGUCCUUAAAGUUAUGGGUUCGGCAGCCAAGGCCUUGAAAGGAGCACACAAUAAUAUGGAUGUCGAUAAAGUCCACGAUUUGAUGGAUGAAGUUGCUGAACAAAAUGAAAUUGCUAAUGAAAUAUCAGACGCCAUUUCUAAUCCUAUUGGUUUCGGUCAAGAUGUUGACGACGAUGACCUAAUGGCUGAACUAGAAGAACUUGAACAGCAAGAUAUUGAAGAACAGUUAUUAGAUGUCACUGGACCUUCGGCCGAUCUCCCAUCAGUACCUGUUUCCGAACCUGUCGAGAAGAGGAAAGCAGCUGUUGCUGAUGACGAUGACGAAAUGAACCAAUUAGCAGCCUGGGCUUCAUAAUUUUGUGAUAUUUCUUCUAUUUAUAAUGUGCAGGGUUGUUUGAUUGAGCUGAUGUAAAAUAGCUCAUUAAGCUAUCAAAAGUGUUAUUGUACUUUGAUUUUGAUUCAUAUUGGACUUGGCGAUAAUGGGGGUUAUAAUAGAUCAUGAAUUGGGUAUUUCUUACCACUUGUACACAACAUAUUAGCCUAACACUAAAACUGCACCAUAAAUCGCUAUUCCAGUAUGUUGAAUGAAAUAUUGCCUUAGAUAUGAAAUGUAGUUAUAAUGGUCAUAUCGCAAAUUCUAUCUUUGUAAGCUUAUGAGCGAUUAUACAUCAGCUGAAUUUGAGCAAGCUUGCAAUUUAGCUGUGUAAAUUAAUACAUGGAAUUUCCGUGUGUAAAAAAUGGAUUGUACACAUAUUAUACAUUUCUUCAUUUGUUGAUAAUCUUAUGUAAAGAAAAUAUGCAAUGUCAAUGUGUAACUGUCAAACAAGGCAAAAGAAUUUUAUACAAUAACUUGUUUUGUUCACAGUCCUAUUAUUACUAGUGAUGACAUGCAUUGAUGUUGUUUUAUGUGUAGGGCAGUGCACAUUUUAGAGCAUCUUUGAUUCUGAUACAUAUAUAUUGUUAGUUAAGGGAAACACCUGAUGGUACUUCUGUUUGGAGGAGUUCACUACUCUACAACUUUAACUCAGACUGUUUCGGACUAGAUUUUGAUUAACGCAAUUGUUUGUACAGAUUUUUAUUGAUAUCUUGACAUCCAAGAAUUCAAAGAGUAGGCCAACUUUAAUUCGGGGCAGGAUAUAUUUAUGUGGUAAUUAAAUAUGUCAAAAAGUCAUUUGUGAUUUGUUCUGGGAUGAGCCCCAAAGUUGUCGUCAAACUGUUCACCAAAUGAAUUAAAUCCUGAUGCAGCAAAUACAAACCUUCUGAUUCUCUUUUCAUUCAGGCUUUAAUUAAAUGCUGAAAGAUAUGUUAUGGAAUGAUCAAAUGUUUAUAGAUAAAUGCUUUUCAGCACAGUAUUUAGUAUUUAAAUUUCAUGCUUAUUUUUUCAUCCUAAAAGCACAAGGAGGGUUAAUGAUUAAAUUUCAUGAAAUUGUAAUGAUGAAAAUAGGUUUGUAAAUAUUAGCUCUGUUCUGUAUACAUGUAUAUUAAUAAUCCUAUACAUCCAAUUGUUAUUAUUGUAUAUUACUGUCACUAUUUUAGAGGGUACACACUUUUUGAAUGUUACUAUUACCACCAAAAUAUCUAGCUCUAAAAUUGUUCAUUUUGUUGAAGUUAUUCAUUUGAAAGAAAUCUUAUUUGUGUUAUUUUUGUUAUAAAUAACAUCUCUGAAUUCCAGAGCAAUUAUAAUAAAUUAAAAGAUCUUUUGAACCUAACUGACAAUAGCCUAUUUGAAUUUUUUGUUUAUCUGGAUUAACAUGUAUGUUUUUCAGUUAUAAAGAUUUUGCAACUAGGACCUUAUUCUCAAAAACUUUACCAAGAUCUUAUCUAGAUUUUCAGAUAAUAAUACAGUAAUCUAAUUGGAUAAUAAAACUAAAUUUAAAAUCCAUUUAUUGAGAAUAAAGCUGUUGUCACCGUGUGACAGCAGGGAGGCAUGAAAGUCUUUUUCUGGACAACCAGGUACUAGAGGUUUAAGUCCCCUGAAAAAUGAUUGAUGCCUCUGUGAGCAUUCUCAUCAAGAUAAGUCUAUCCCUUUCAUUUAUGUGCUACUUUUUUCUGUUAUAUCUAAUUUGUAUAAAGUGACAAGAGUGUUUUGUAAUGAUUUUCUGUUAUAAAUUACAUUAUUAUUCAUUAAACUAUAAAAUCUCCA